AUGAGCUCAAUUACAACCUCCCCCACCGCGGGCCAGAAGCGAGCUUAUCAGACGGACGAACCGACCGACAGCCAGCCCGUGCACGACGGCGCGCAAUCAGGCUCCCCUCAUGCCACCGCAGCAUCGGCAAGUUCCGCCUUCAGAAACGUCUCUGCUUGCAACCGCUGCAGAACGAGAAAAAACCGCUGUGACGCUCGCCUGCCAUCCUGUAGCACUUGCGAAAAGGCCCACGCACGCUGCGUAGGCUACGAUCCAAUCACCAAACGGGAGAUCCCUCGGAGCUACGUCUACUUUCUCGAGACUAGGCUGGCCUACUUCGAGUCACUGCUCAAGAAGAACAACAUAGCCUUCGACCCUGCCGAGCUAUACGAUGCUGAUUCCAAGCUAUUAGGCGACGCGCCGCACACUCCACCACAGCCGGAUGUCAAGAGUACAAUUGUCGAACGCCGCAAUGGCAAUCUUAAAGGACAGGAGGAAAAGGACAAGAUCGAUAAGCUGGUCUCGAACAUCGGUAUGGUCUCAGUCCAGGGCGCGUCAGACUCGAGGUUCUUAGGGACCACCUCGGGCAUUUCCUUCGCCCGGGUGGUCCUUUCCGCGGUCAAGUCCUCGGUCUCGUCCAACGGCUCCGAGCGAGGCCCAAAGAGCAACAAGCCCAGCCUCAACGCGUCUGCUGGCGGAAGCUCUAUGCGCGACACCUAUUUCGGUUUGCAGACUAAACCGACCUUUCGUGAGGCGCCUUUCCCAGAGCGCCAUCUUGGCGAGAAAUUAGUCAAUCUGUACCUUGAGUAUGCCAACCCUCAGAUUCCAAUCCUCCACCGAGGGGAGUUCAUGGAUUUGGUAGACCAUGCUUACUCCGUGGAGCCGUCCAAGCGGACGCCCCGCGAGAUGUAUCUGAUGAAUAUCGUCUUUGCUAUUGGAGCCGGCAUUAUCUGGGGCUCAUCCGACCCCUCGCCUGAGUCGUUGCACCACACGGAAUCUGCUCCUAAAAGGCCGCGUCUGGCAAACCAGCAGGCCCAGCCAGAGGAGUAUCAUGCUUCCGCAAUUGUGCAUCUCGGCGCAUUUUUGAGCUCUUCCUCGGGUGACGGAGCCGACCGCACCGGUGGUGACCUGGAGGAGCUACAGGCAGUCCUUCUUCUGGCUGCCUUUGCUCUAAUGCGACCUGUUGCGCCUGGUCUAUGGUAUAUCGUUGGAGUGGCCAUGAGGCUGGCGGUUGAUCUAGGCUUGCACUAUGAGGACGGGACGGAGAUUGACGAUGCUAAGCCCAAGACAGAAAAGAAGUCAAAUGCACAAAAGUCCAUCGACUCGCGCGAGAAGGGCAGACGAGAGUGGACUCGCGAUUUCCGCCGCCGCCUGUGGUGGUGCACGUACAACUUUGACCGCCUCGUCAGUACCUGUGUUGGGCGUCCUUUCGGCAUUACCGAUCAGGUCGUCACAACAGCUUUCCCCUCUCUCCUAGAGGACAAAUAUAUCACUCGAUCAGGGGGUCUGCUUCUCUCAGAACCAAACGAACAGCCGUCCUAUAAGCGCGUUUCGCAGCAUUACUUCAAGCUCCGAUUAUUGCAGUCCGAGAUCCUGCAGGUUCUUCAGUAUCAACAAUCUCAACAAGUGCGUAUCAGGCGGAAUGAUAACAGCCAUGAAGGAGUUGACCCGACUAUACUGUCCCCUUAUUUGGCGAAACAUACGUCUUUUCGCUCCUGGCGUCAGCAUAUCGACCAACGCCUGUACGAAUGGAAAGAAUCGGCACCAUCGCAGUCAGCAACGGGAGUCAGCUUUGAUCGCAAGUUUCUCGAACUCAACUACUGGCAGGCGGUUAUUAUGCUUUACAGACAGUCUCUAGCUGUGCCUGCUGCCUUCGCCAACGAAUUGAGCCCAACAGAGGAGGUUGGUAGCCCGGGAAGUACCAUUGUGGAGGAGAAAGAGGAUGAAGAUCAUGUCUUCCUAAAGUGCGCCGAAGCCGGUCAGAAUACGCUCAAAUUAUAUCGCCAACUGCACCGCCAGCGGGUUGUCAACUACACCUACCUAGCCACCCACCACCUUUUCAUGGCAGGCAUAUCAUUUUUGUAUGCUGUAUGGCAUUCGCCAGCGGUACGCAGCCGGCUGACAAUCGAUUCGUUUGACUUUACAGUUCUUGCAGCAACAUCAGUGUUGGGCGAUCUGAUGGAGAAAUGUCCGCCAGCUGAAGCUUGUCGCGAUGCUUUCGAGCGCAUGAGUAAAGCCACAGUUCAGAUGUGCCUUUCGACACCGGGCUUCGGCUUCUCUAAGGACAGCACUCCCAGACCACAGGUCAAGCGUGAGCCUAGCUUUACUGAGCCUUCCCCGAUGGAGGCUUUGACGAGAGCCUCCGGUAAGGAGUUUGCCCCGAUCGCGCCCAAACCGCAGAUGGCGAAAAGACCACCGCCACAGUUCGAUAUGGACCUGCAACAGCUGUUUCCCGAGGAUCUCGACAUCGGUCCACGACCAUCAUCUGCUGUUCCUCUCAAACAACAGCGUCAGCCGGCGUUUGCACGCCCGCAAGCACCACAGUCUUACCAAGCCUCCUCCUUCAUGCCUUCAAAUCAGAUCUCGUCUUCGUAUAUCAACAGUCAUGCUCCUACCAACGUCACUACAUCUCCGGUCUUCAACACUCAGCAGGCCCUGCCACAGCAAUCGCCUUCGCAUUCUUCUACCUCAAGCUACGUCGGCCAAGGUGCACAGUACAACCAGAACGCCAACGCUGAUAUGAUGGACUAUUCCACUGCCUCAUCCCUGCCCGAGAGCAUGGACUAUAUGAGCAACAGCUACGAUUUCACAUCCACAGGCGAUCAAGAAUCGCCCCUCUAUCCACUCGACCUUGGGUUCGGGCCCGGCGUCAUGGGGUUUGACUACAGCCACGACUGGAGCGAUGGGCAGCAGCUAGAUCUCUUCGAGGGAUUCUUCUUUGGUAACAACGGCGGUGGCGCAGGUGGCACCGAAGGUAAUGGACCGAGCGGAGGUGGCGGCAUGUGA